AUGGGCAACAUUCCAUGGAUCUACCCGGUCCGCAUCGUGCAGGUCCUGUUCGGCGUGAUCGUCGUCGCCCUGACUGCAUAUGUGAUCAGUGCGCUAUAUGACUGGUGGAGCUUCUCCGAUACCGUGAACUAUCUGCUCUUCCUCGGGUGCUGGACAGCUUUUGUGGCGACCCCAUAUCUGGCCGCGGCCCCAAUCUACUUCCCCGCCUGGCGCAUCGCCGUGACGGUCUUCGGUGCCUUUGAAUGGGUCCUCUUUGCCGUGACCACCUACUUUGCCCUCGUCGACGUGGUGCAGCAUCGCCGCAGUGGAGAGAGUGCGCAGAAGACCCAGCACAAUGCCCAUCUCGGGGUGUAA